CUCCUGGUAAACGAGGUAAGCGAGGAAGAAGAGGAGAGACUGGACCUCCUGGUCCACCUGGUCCAAAAGGUGAGAAGGGAGAUCAAGGUGAUCAGGGCCCUCGGGGUCUGCCAGGCUUCCCCACAGUUGCCGGCCUUCACAGUAAUCAGAUUCUCACCGUCAAGGGUGAUCAAGGGCAAGCUGGACCUCCUGGACCCCCUGGACCCCCAGGACCAAGAGGCCCUCCUGGAGAUACUGGCAAAGAUGGCCCACGAGGAGUGCCUGGGGUGCCGGGAGAACCUGGAAAACCGGGUGAACAAGGUUUGGUGGGACCUCAGGGGCCUCCAGGACAAAAGGGUUCAUUUGGUGCACCUGGUAUUCCAGGAACAGAUGGACAACAGGGAGAACCUGGUGUAAUGGGAGAAAGAGGAGACUCUGGGCUUAAGGGCGAUCCUGGACAACGGGGAGAAAAGGGUGAUGCUGGAGAAACUGGUCCUAAAGGUCACCCUGGAGAAAAGGGUGAUCCUGGAUCUUCUGCUGCUGGAAUUAAGGGAGAACCUGGACAAUCGGGUAGACCAGGGCAAAAGGGUGAACCUGGACUUCCUGGGCUUCCUGGGUUACCUGGAAUUAAGGGUGAACCGGGUUUCCUAGGUCCCCAGGGAGAACCUGGAUUGCCAGGAUUGCCAGGGACAAAGGGUGAGAGAGGAGAAAUAGGACCUCCUGGGAAAGGUGAACGAGGUGAGCCUGGAGUUCCAGGGCCAAAGGGGAGGUCAGGUGAAUCUGGAACUAGAGGCCCUAAAGGGUCAAAGGGUGAUCCAGGAAAUAAUGGUGAUUUGGGAGCAAUGGGACCAAGGGGUCCACCUGGAGAAAAAGGUGACCAAGGUGCCACAGAAAUCAUUGACUUCAAUGGAAAUAUCCAUGAAGCAUUACAGGGUCCUCCAGGCCCACCUGGACCCCAAGGAUUGCAAGGAUCAAAGGGUGAAUCUGGAUCACCAGGAUUACCUGGUGCUGAUGGAGAGCAGGGGCCCAAAGGAUCAAAGGGUGAUCUGGGUGACCCUGGAAUACCAGGAGAAAAAGGAGGUAUUGGACUACCAGGUUUGCCAGGAUCCAAUGGAAUGAAAGGAGAAAAAGGAGAUGUUGGAUUACCAGGUCCUCAAGGUCCCUCUAUUGUAGGACCUCCAGGUUCCUCUGGUCCACAUGGUCCACCAGGACCAAUGGGACCUCAUGGACUCCCAGGGCCAAAGGUAAAGAAUUUAGUCCACAACUAAAAUCAUUUUUCCAAUUUGUUAUGCUGUCAUACUCAUUAAUCAUGUUGAGGUAUGCACUUAAAAUUUUGUCCUUGUCUCAUUUUUCUGUGAUUUUU